UUUAUAUAAUUCUGUUACGGUUGCAAUAUACUCGCACUUGGCUCCUAAAAUUCAGAGAUUUUUUGUUUCUUUGGAAAACUUUUGCAAUCUAUCGCUACCGGUAUAAUGUUCGGGAUUGACUUUUCUCCGAUGUUUGAACCAUGGGAUCAAAGGAAGCUACUUCUUGGUGUUUUAUAUCACUUUGUUGUUGUUUACGCGCUGGCAAUCAUCGGUUUCAUUCUACCUUUCAUACUGCUGAUUACAUUCCAAUGGCACAUACUCCUACUUUAUGCUCUUUGGUACUAUUAUGACAGACACUCUCCCUCGACUGGUGGCUACAGCAGUGAGUGGGUACAAAGGUGGAGGGUGCACAAAUGGUUUGCUGAUUAUUUCCCUGUUAGGUUGCACAAAACCGUCGAUCUCUCCCCAUCACAUAACUAUCUUGUUGGCUGUCAUCCACAUGGUAUAAUCGCCAUGGCUGUUUUUGCGAAUUUUGCCACCAAUGGCACGGAUAAAUACGUCAAGUUCCCUGGAAUUCGCUUUCAUGUGUGCACACUCACAUCUAACUUCAAAACGAUGAUUCGGAGGGAGCUACUGAUGCUCAUGGGGAUGAUCGACGCUUCAAAACAAAGCAUUGAGUACGUGCUGAACGGUGCUGAGACUGGACGAGCCGUAGUACUUGUAAUCGGUGGGGCAGAAGAAGCGCUGGAUGCCCAUCCAGGAUACCAUACCUUGACGCUAAAGUCAAGAAAAGGAUUCGUCAAGGAAGCACUCAAAACCGGAGCGCAUCUCGUGCCGGUCUACUCUUUUGGCGAGAACGAACUUUUUGACCAGGUUCCAAAUCCAAGAGGUUCUUCGAUCCGCCGUUUCCAGUCAUGGGUAAAGCGAAUUUGUGGCUACUCCUUACCAUUUUUCCAUGGUCGAGGGAUUUUCCAGCUCAAUUACGGCUAUCUGCCAUACCGUAAACCAAUCAACACCGUGGUUGGCGUUCCCAUUCCUGUAGAAAAAGCCGAAAAACCCACACAACAGCAGAUUGAUGAGCUACACGAUAUUUACGUCGAAAAGCUCAACGAUCUAUUUGAGGAGCACAAACAACGAUAUGGAGUUGAUGCCGAAACUAGGUUGGAUAUUCAGUGAUGAAAAACCUCAUUAGAAUCCGCAUAGAAAUUCGUAGUCUGUUUGUCAUUUUGUAGUUAGAUUAGGAUCAAAUCCAUCGACAGUGUUGUAAAUAAUGACUUUAGGUGUUGUUGUGAUCAUGCUCA